GGACUUGUCACUGCUGCAGGUGGUGGCAGUGUGCGAGAGGAGCGGUUUGUGUGCUUCCUGCCACCUAGGGCUGCCAUGGCGGGGGCACUGGGCCGCAAGGCCGUGGAUUAUGUACGCAGCAAGGAGUUCAGGGACUACCUGAUGAGUACGCACUUUUGGGGGCCAGUUGCCAACUGGGGACUUCCUGUUGCUGCUAUUAAUGACAUGAAGAAAUCUCCAGAAAUCAUUAGUGGCCGAAUGACAUUUGCACUGUGUUGUUACUCCUUGACUUUCAUGAGAUUUGCCUACAAAGUGCAGCCACGGAACUGGCUUCUUUUUGCAUGCCACUUGACUAAUGAAGUUGCACAACUUAUUCAAGGAGGACGACUGAUCAAACACAGGAUGGAGAAAAAGAACUAAAUAUCUAACUUGAAAUAAGCCAAGGAAUGUGUUCAUCCUGAAUUACAACCAAGGAAGACUUGCCAUCUACAAUUGCUGUGACAGUUAAGUGGGGAUAAAACAGAAACAUCUAUUAUGAAUAACCCCCACCAAGAAUCCUCUUACUAUUUUUUUUUGUUUAAUCUUGCCUUUUAAAAAGUACUACUUGGCAAUGUAAACCAUUGCAUUUAAAGUCUUGAUGCCUUUAUAGGUCCUUAGUAACCACCCUUUCAAUAAAGAGGAAGUCAUUGAAAUAACAAGUAAUAUUUGAAAACCAAUUUUUUGUAUCUAACAGUCUAUGAAAGUGGCCCAUGAUGGUUUGACAAAACUUGUUUCCAAAUCAGCAAGGACAGAGGUCCAUGAACAGAACUGUAGGUGGUGUCGUUGUUCUAUAUAUUAACAUCUUCUUAAAAGCCAUUUAACUUGGGUGCGUUAAUUCCUACUCUGUCUCUCUUUUUAACUUAAGCAGUGGUUGGCUAAUCCACAAGAACUAAUGUGUAGACAGGCAGCCUGGAAGUGACCAGCUAUCCCUCUUCCCUUACUGCAUGCCUUUCCUCAGUAAAGAGACUUCAUUACAUAAAUUUUUAAGAUGCACAUUAUUAAAGACUUAAAAAAACAAAAGCACAGCACUGAAUGAAGGAAGGCAACAAAGUCUGUAACAAGUUCUAAAUUGUGGGGGUUUUCUCCUACUGAGUUGUUGAGUUGUUCUAGAUGUAUGUAAUCCUUAUAAAAGCAGAAACUUGUUUGGAGUCUAGGAUCUGAAGGACACAAAGUGCCUUUCAGCAGUUUUUGACUUCAUUUUGGAGAGUGGCUUUCCUGCACGGCCUGCCUGAAAGUUGCAUUGCUUUGAAGAUACAGAUGGCAAAGACUGUAUAUGAUGGAUUUUAUUCCAGUGCAGCGUAUUUAACAAUAAAGAUGUUACAAAUGGC